AUGUCGCGCUCCGAGAAAGGUAUCAUCAGCCACGCGGUUGACAAGGCGGCGGACGCCGGCGACAGAAUAAAAGACGUCUACCGCGCGGCGACCGGAGGGCCUGAAGACCAGAUCCGCUAUGUCGCCAAAGGCUACAUCGAUCAGGCCGCUGACAAGGUUAUCUUUGUUUUUUUUUUGUUUGUUGGCUCGAAAAAAUAUUGAAGAAAAUUAUGUAAUCGGGAAAACUUAAGGAACAAACUCCAACAUUUUAAAUUAAACCAAAUGGCGCUUUUUUCAGGCCAAAGAGCUACAUGCUGACGCCGACCGCAUCAUGGAUGACAUCAAGCGGUCUGGGGAACAAACAAAGGUGAGGAAAAGCUCCAUAGUUAACCUAAACUGUAACAAAAAACUUGAAAGUCCAUUGGUCUAUUUUUUGCAGUGUUUUUUUUUUAUAAACGCUUUUGUAGAUAAUAAUAUUUUUUUUAUAAAAAUUCUAAGAAACUUUUUAGUGGUUAGUGUUCAAAAAUUGGACGGUUCGACCAAUUAGACCGUUCAGUUUUCGAACGGUUAUAACAUUUCAUUCUUCUGACCGUUCGUUUGACCGACCAGUUUCUGAAAGUAAAGAAACCGACCGACCAUUUUAGGAGUGACAUUUUGAAAGGUCAAAAAAUAACUUCAUUUCAACAUGUCACUCUGAUAUGUUGAAAUGUUAAAACUCCAACCGUUCGACCAAUGACCAUUUAUCUUUACAUGUUGGAAAAAUAUGGGUCGAGAGUUCGGUCGAACGGUUUUUUUUCGAAACUGAAGUUACUAUAGGGUUUUGACGUUUUAGUGCCCUUUAUAGUAGUCGAGUUAGUGGCCACUUUAAAGGCUGAAAUUCGUGGCCUUUUUAGAACUCUGAUUGGUACUUCUAGAUCACUUAAAACUGCUAUAGUGGCCACUAAGGCGAAAAAUAGUGGUGGUUUUAGUAAAGAAAUUUCCCGGUUAUGGCUAAUAGAGCUAAUGUUUAAAUUUCGCUUCAUUUUAUCAUGAAAUUUGAAUUUUUCAGACCGAGCGGCAGCAAGAACGUGUCGGGCAGCAGAUCAAGGAUGCCAUCAACCCCAUCGAAGAUUUUUAA